CCCCGCUUUAGCUCCAGCGCCAACUCCCACAUAUCCUGAAUCGGAAUUUACUUCCUUCGAUUCAGAUAUCAGCCGAUAUUCCAUGGACCCGGCUAGACGCUGGACACAAGACCGACGGUAUGGUCAAUCUAUGGGAUUAACGGGCUUCGAAGACGAUGGGGAAUACAAAGCUCGCAAACGGCCGAGAGCAGCUUUAUCACGACGUGAAACUGAGAGCUUCGAGGAUGAGCCUGCACCCCCGUCAAGUUCUCUGAGAAGAAAAAUUGAAAUCCGGGACGAUAAGGCCGUGUGGCAAUUUUACGAAGAGCGCUUUAAAAGCAUCCAGCAAAAUGCAUGUAAAUUGUUGGCUAAGGCUUGGGUGAAGGCUGUUGAACCGAAGAAACAAUCAACACAUCCUUAUACGGGUUCAGAUGAAAAGGCACCUGAUUGGUGGCCCAAGCCUUGGGGGACAGGCAAAGAACAUCGAGUAAGACAUAAGGAACCGGAUCAUUUAUACAAGCGAGAACGAAUACACCUUCUUGUACAUAUUCUUCGGUUGAUUGUUGAGCCUCGCCACAACCAACAUCCAGCAGUCCAAAAGCUGUUUUUAAAUGUGACUAAGUUGGAAGAGGUCACUACGGAAGCCCUGUCCUCAUUCUUUGCCGACAAAGAAAAUCCUGGCAACAUGGCGAAGAGGCCUUAUUUAAAAGAGAUAUUCAGAGUCGCUCAAAAUGAGGAACGUUAUAAGGAUGGUCAAAUUGAUGGAACGACUAUUGUCCACGUGAUGCCAAAUGAUCGAGUUGGCCAGGGGUACAUGUCAGACACUGAGGAUGUCACUCCUGGGAGAGAAGACGGUGAUCAUAACCCAACGCCAGCCUCUUCGAGUGCAUCGCCACAAAGAACCAGUCUACCACAGGCUCUUUUGACUCAAGCUCACAGCACAGAACAGAGCCCUACCACGCAAAUACCCAGCGACACCUUUGUGGGGGAUAUGCCAGUUCGCGGCAAUCAAUAUACUCAGCCAAUCCUCAAUCCGGAAAUGACCACAGAACGGCAGACUUUUGUGGACGCGCCUAGUUUACCCAAUCAAGCCCCACUUCAUUCUACGACGAAUCUCGGUCUCCACGACUUGUAUACGAACACUCACGACUCCAGUCGAAGAUCAUCAAUGUUUGCUUCCCCACCGGAAUACACAAGUCCAGCAACACCGACCCUUUACCAACAAUGGCAAGCAAAUUCAACAGCACCUAGCAACCCGUCGCUAUAUACAUUCCCGCAGCAGACAGGAAAUGCGCAUCAGUCUUUUGUUGGUCACCCUAGCGUCCCAAUUCAACAAACCCAGCAAUAUUUAGGGACUUCGUUCGACGGGUUAUCAAGGGGAGGCCACGAUGCACAGCAUGGAGGCAUGCUCCGCGCACUUCCUCAGCCUAGCUACCCAAGCUAUAUGUCUCACGAGCCGGGGCAUCUUCAAUCGUCAGGCACUAAAGCCGAGCCUCUUCCCAGACAUCCGACGCAGUAGUUUCACCGUCGGUUGACUGGAACCUACACUCUUGUCACAUGACAAUACUCGCGCCCUCGCCGUGCGAGUGAUUCCAACUUCACGUUGGAGCCCACAUUCAGGCAUUGAUUGUAUAUGCUUUGUAAGAGUAAUUCUACACUU